CAAGCUGAUGAGUUUGCUGUGUCCUCCUGGUGUCUUAUGGGGAUUUAAGUGGUGCAGACUCCAUCUCCUCCAACAUGCUGCUGUGGCUGCACUGGUUUUGGCUGCUCCUUUUGCUGGUACUCAGACGAGUGGAGGCUCAGUUUCCACGUCCCUGCACAACGCCAGAGUCCCUGCAGGCCCGAACCUGUUGCCCCCUUUGGAAUGGCUCUCCUUGUGGGUUUAGCUCAGGGAGAGGAGUCUGUGCGCCACAUCCUGCAAGAGACCUCCCAAAACCAGUGGACUACAGGGUGAGCUGGCCUCAAGCCUUCUAUGAUUCAGUGUGUACAUGCUGGGGAAAUUAUGAUGGAUUUGACUGUGGUCAGUGCCUCCCGGGCUGGAGGGGACCCCAAUGUCUGCAGCGGCACCAUGUGGAGAGGAAGGAGAUAACAGAUCUGACUGAUUCUGAGAGGGAGACCUUCCUCUCAAGCCUGCACCAGGCGAAACAAACCCCAAGCAGCCAGUAUAUGAUCCUAACAAGCAAUGACACAACAGUGAAUGGGCACUUCAAAUUUCACAAUGCCAGUGUCUAUGAUCUGUAUGUAUGGAUGCAUUACUACUCAGCUAAGAGCUACGCUGGUUCUGAAAAUAAUUCUGCACACCGGGGCCCUGCCUUUAUCUUCUGGCACAGAGUGUUUCUACUUUUUAUUGAGAGAGAGAUCAGGGAUCUCACUGGGAACCAAGAUUUUUACAUCCCAUAUUGGGACUGGACCAGAACCAACCACUGUAACAUCUGCACCAACCAGUACUUCGGAGGAGUUGGCCAAGAUGGUCGUAUAGACACUGCUUCCCUGUUCUCUAAGUGGAAGACCAUAUGUCCGUUUCAGGAAAGUCUUGGUAUAAUCUGCAUCCACUCUAAUGCAUCCGGUCCUGCACAUCUGAUCCGCAACCCUGGAAAGGAUCCGAUGUUCAAAACACUGCCAACUGCUGAGGAUGUUGAAGAAACAAUGGCAACACCACUUUUUGACACCCCUCCAUUUGAUACAACAUCUAGGAAAAGCUUCAGAAACAAGCUAGAAGGUUUUGAGAUUCCAGACGAUUCCAGACACCUGAAUGCUUCUAUGCACAACCUGGUCCACAGAUACCUCAAUGGCACCAUGUCUCUGGUGCCCACUGCAGCUAAUGAUCCCAUAUUCAUGCUACAUCACAGCUUCAUUGACAAGCUUCUCGAGAGGUGGUUGCAGGAUCACAGAAAUGCGAGCUACCCUGACAGUGACCAGGUCCAUCCAGCCCAGAGAGCGCAGGCCUACAUGGCCCCCUUCUUCCCUCUUCGCACCAACAACUACUACUGGGGCAGAGAAACACAGAGCCUGGGCUACAGCUACAGGGAACACAGCCUCCAUCGCUCCGGAGCGGUGAACAGCAAAGCAAGACAGGCUGCAGGGUUUCUAGAGGAAUCUGCAUCCAGUGGUGUCCAGUGGCAGUGGCCUGUUCUGGGUGUAUUCAGUGUUGUUUUUCUCUGUUUUAGUAUUGGAGCUGUUAUUAAAUGCAAAGACAAAAUUCAGAAAACAGAAGACACUGAGACAGAGGAGAAACAGACAGAGUUUGAUUACAGAUCCAACUCGCUGUAUGCAGUCUGGAUUAAAGAGAAGAACGAGAACAUCGACAAAUCAGAAGCUGAUGUUGCUCAUUGUGGGACUCAUUCACAAGAGGCAGCACACAGGCCUCCAUCAGAGGGGAGAAGAUACAGCGUGGAGUCAACUGUAAAUGUGGAUAUAAACCUUGAGAAAGCAAAGAGAUGAAGAAUGAAUGGGCUUGAUGUUAUAUAAUCUGGGGCUGCAACAUGGAUUUAUGAAUUUCUUUUUCUUUAGUUUUUUGUUAAUUAUUCAGAAAUUACACUCAGUUGCCAGUUUAGUGGGUACAUGUAGCUAAAACGGGUGCAAAAUCAAACAGUUGUGUAAAAAAGUCAUUAUUUUCUGUUCAGAAGUGUUAUACCAAAAAACAUGUCUAUUCUUAUCUAUAUCUGUAUUUUAAUACUUAAUGAAACAUACAAGUGUGGCAUGCUUGUUAAAAAACACAGCACUUACUUGUGUAUUGCUAAUACCUAUUAUAUUUGUAGUUUACACUGCUGUUUACUAUUUAUUGUUAUGCUAUCCACUUUGCUGCUGUAAUUCUUGAAUUUUUCCCAUUGUGGGACUAAUAAAGGAAAUCUAAAUCUUAAUAAACAAAAGCUCGAGGAACACGGGGGGAAUGAGUGUUGCAAGAUAAAAUAUAAAAAUUUAUUAUAAAAACAGAGCAUGUACUUUUUCCAUGGGAAACAUUGAUGACACUGCAUUUUCACAAGAAAUAAAACAAAUGAGAAUAAAGUUGCACAACCUCAUAUAUCAGAACACACAAUUUCUCUAUCAAACAUGAGACAUAGCAAAUGUGAGAAAGGCUGAAAAAAAAGAGAUGGAAAUCAUAUCAAUUUCGACAGCCGAUAUCUCCAACACUCUGCAAC